AUGAAUUACUAUAAUCAGAAAAUUACAAACAGGACAAAUAUUAGAAACGAUAAUGAUGAAUUAAAUAACAAUGUUGAUAAUAAAGUAACUAACCCAUAUAUAAAUAAAAAGUUAUAUGAACAUACUUAUCAAAAAUCGGAUAAUACAGUUCUUAAUGCUCCAUUUGAGAAUACUGUUAAUACCAACUUUAACAAUUUCAAUCAGACCAAUAAUAAUACAAUAGUUACCAGUCCAUUUUAUAAUAAACAACCCCCCAACAAUACUAUUAAUAAUACUAUUAAUAAUAAUACUAUUAAUAAUACUAAUAAUAAUACCAUUAAUAAUAAUAAUAGUUUUUUUGGCAAUUUUAAUAAGCCAAAUGAAAGUAUAACGGGAAAUAAAAAUGAUCAAGAUGAGGAUGAUGAAGAAGAGCCUCCAUUACUUGAAGAGCUUGGGAUAAAUUUUGAUCUAAUCUCAAAACGAAUGAAAUCAGUUUUUACUUUCUACAAAAUUGAUCAUACCUUAUUUGAAAAUUCUGAUUUAUCAGGACCUUUACUUAUUAUUCUGUCUUUAGGAUUUAUUUUAUUAUUGGUAGGGAAGGCUUCAUUUAGUUAUAUUUAUUUAAUUGGAAUUGUUAGCAGUCUGAGUAUGUAUUUAUUGCUAAAUGUGAUGAGUCAAAAUGCAACUUUAGAUUUAUAUUGCACAAUAAGCAUGCUUGGGUAUGCCUUACUCCCGUUAGUCAUUUUGUCAUUUAUUUCUAUUCUUAUUAAUUUAAGGUCAAAGAAAGGAUAUACUAUUUCCUUUUUUUGUAUAUCAUGGUCUGCCUUAACGGCAUCAAAAUUUUUUGAAGCAGCUCUCCGUAUGAAUAGUCAAAGAUAUUUAAUCGCAUACCCUAUAUUUUUGUUAUAUUCAUGUUUUGCAUUAAUAAUAAUUUUUUAA